GGCACGAGAAGCGGACGGCUCUGCCCCUGGAGCAGCCCACGCGUGCACAGGGGGCUGGAGAGACUGCCCUGCUCUGCCUAGGAGGGAGUAGCCUGGAGCCAGGGUGUAUCAGCAUGGAGGGGCAGCCAGUCCAGCCAGCGCCCGAGGAGACGCCCCGCGACACUAACCCAGCCAAUGUGGGGCUGGAGCUCUUUGGCUACGUGGGCAUCGAGGCGGUGCUGGAUCAGAUGAGGAUCAAGACCAUGAAAACAGGCUUUGAGUUCAACCUCAUGGUUGUAGGGCAGAGCGGCCUGGGGAAGUCGACAAUGGUGAACACCCUCUUCAAGUCGAAGGUGAGCCGGAAACCCACAGGCCCCGGCUAUGAGGAGCACAUCCCAAAGACGGUGCAGCUGCAGUCCGUCACCCACGUUAUCGAAGAGAAGGGCGUGAAGAUGAAGCUGACUGUGACAGACACGCCAGGGUUCGGCGACCAGAUCAACAAUGAAAACUGCUGGGACCCCAUCAUCAAGUACAUCAACGAGCAGUACGAGAAGUACCUGAGAGAGGAGAUCCUCAUCAGCCGCAAACGGAAGAUCCCAGACACCAGGGUCCACAGCUGUGUGUACUUCGUGCCACCCACUGGCCACUGGCUGCGUCCCUUGGAUCUGGAGUUCAUGAGGCGGCUGAGUAAGAUCGUCAACGUGGUGCCAGUGAUCGCCAAGGCAGACACGCUGACCCUGGAGGAACGGGCCGAGUUCAAGCAGAGGAUCCAGAAGGACUUGAAGGCCCACGGCAUCAGCGUCUAUCCCCAGGAGGAUUUUGAUGACAACCCAGACGACAGGAUAUUGAAUGAUAAAAUUCGAGACAAAAUCCCCUUUGCGGUGGUGGGAGCGGACAAGGAGCAUCAGGUGAACGGGAAGAGGGUCUUGGGCCGCAAGACCAAGUGGGGGAUCAUUGAAGUGGAGAACCCAGCGCACUGCGAAUUCCCCCUGCUCCGAGACCUGCUCAUCCGGUCCCACCUGCAGGAUCUCAAGGACAUCACCCACAACGUGCAUUACGAGAGAUACCGCGUGCAGCGGCUCAACGAGAGCAACCGGCUGGCACUGAGCCCUGUCAACGGGCUGCUGGGGAAGGACGAGGUGGAGAGCGACCUCUGAGCAGGGAGAGCAGGGCGUCCUCCUCCCAGACAGCGCCCACAGACUGGCUAUGGGGGGGGAGGAGCUGAGAUCCCCACCCCCUGGACAGACCCCAAGUGCCCUAGUGCUGGGCCAGGCGCUGUCUCUGCCGCUGCACCAAAACCUUCCUGCCGUGCAACAGCCUUAAGCAAGGAAAGACUCUUGGGGGGCUGGGCCAGGCACUGCCUCGAGGGCCCCCACUGCUCCCCAUCCAUUCCUCCUGUUUCCCCCAUGCCCGUCCCCCUUGGCGACUUUGCAUGGAGCUCGUAGGUUCCUGGCACACGCACCCCCUGCACCACUGCUCCCCGACAAGCACACCCCAGUUCUGGAGAGAGCCCUGCCCUACCACAGAGGCACAGACUGGAGCCAGUGGGCCUGACCCCCCGAGACCCGAGCAGCACCCAUGGGAAGGUGUGGAGGCGCAGGCAUUUCCCACUUCA